UCUCUAAGCAAAAAUCGCCCUCUAAAAUUUAUAAAAAAAUUUUUAAUUUAUUCUUUAGAAAAAGAAGUUGAAAAAUGGAAUGAUUGGAAAUUUAAAAACGCUGGAACUGAUGACGAGGAAACCGUUGGACAACUUAAACUUUUGGAUGUUCAAGAAGAAGCAAAAAACAAUUUUGCUUGGUUUAAUCAUGUGUUUUCGGCAAUUAUUAAAUUAGAUGAAAGAAAGAUUGUUCCAGAAUUCAAGGAAAAUAUUUGUGAAAAAGAAGGAAUGAAUUGCACUCCUGUUUCUAAAAUUCCAGAAAAAACUGAAGAUUUGAUUGACGAGAUGUAUGGAAUUAUUUAAGAAUGAAAAGAUGAGGAAGAAGAUGGGUAUUAAAAAGAUGUAUAAAAGUCCUUUUUAUUUUUUAAACACAACUCCAUUUUCUUAUACCAUUCAUAUUUAUCCCUCCAAAUCACUAAAAGAUACCAAAUACAAUGUAUUUUUUCUAUCAUUUUUUAAAAUCACUCUUAUUUAUCCCUCUAUUUAUCCCAACGUCUCUAAAAUAUGUAUUUUUCUAAAGUUUUCUCCUUUAUAUUUUUUAACCAUAAUCCCCUUUAUUUUAACACAAUCCCCCAUUAUUUAUCCCUUCUAUUUAUCCCAAUGUCCCUCAAAGAUACCAAAUACCAUGUAUUUUUUCUAA